AUGUUGAAAAGAAUUAAUAACACCACAUUCGCCAACCUGAGAUCGUUGUAUCUCUCAGCAAACCACCGGCAACAAUUAGAGCAGGACAAAGCCCCCAAGAGGAUGAGAGACGAAGUCCUGCUGCACCCCGAUUACUUCCGCGUCCACAAUCUGUUCACCGUAAAAGACUUAUUCGAUGCCCGGGUGCAUUUCGGACACCGGGACGGUUCCCUGGACGAAAAAAUGCUGCCGUACAUCUACGGCAGUAGAUUGGGACACAUCAUCUUCGAUCUGGACAAAACGGCGGAGUAUUUGAGGACUGCGUUGAACGUAACAGCUCAGAUAGCUUAUCGGGACGGUGUAAUAUUAUUCUUCAACCGAGGAGCCCAGCAUGCCUACUUGGUGGAGAAAACGGCCAAAGAGUGCGGGGAAUUCGCGCACACCAGGUUCUGGAGAGGAGGGAUAUUCACGAAUUCAACCAAACAAUUCGGAUGCGUUACCAGACUCCCCGACUUGUGUAUAUUCUUAAACACUUUGAACAAUGUGCUAAUUCAACACACGGCUAUCAGGGAUUCAGCCAAAAUGUUGAUUACUACAAUCGGUAUUGUCGAUUCGAAUUGCAACCCCAAUUUGCUGACUUACCCUGUACCGGGAAACGAUGACUCCCCGACGUCCGUCGAGCUCUACUGCAAAUUAUUCAAAGCCGCCAUUUUGAGGGGAAAGGAGAAAAGGAAAGAACACAUUGAACAAAACGUUUAUUAA